UAUAAAUGAUGAGGAUGUCAGACUCAGAGUCAGACGUAAAUCAUGAACUGAGUUACGGUACGGUACCAAACUAAAAUGUUGAAUAAAUGGAUAUGGAUCGGGCUUACUUAUGCCUUCCUUUCAGUUGGUAAUAGCAAUGCAAGUGAAGCCAAGAAUACCUCUGAUAUGUGGAUGGGUCCAGUCGGAUGGGAGUGGAUGUGGCUAGCAGUUGCUGCAGUGAUUGGAAUAUUUAUCUUUCUUGGACUCAGAAAGAAGGGUCAAGGGUUACAUGUAAAAUGCAAAGAUGAUCAGACUAUAUCCAUAUCAACAUCAAAUGAGAUAUCUUCACUUUAUAUAAUAUCAAACGUAAAGAUAUUCUAUGGAACUCAAACUGGUACAGCAAAGGACCUUGCAACUCAACUAGCUAAAGAUAUCCCUAGCCCAGUGAAGAAAGAUGUGAUUGAUCUGAAGGAGUUUGACCCAGAGAAACAUGUUUUAUUAGAUCAAGAUGAUGAGACAUUAUGUGUGUACAUCCUAUCUACCUAUACGGAUGGUGAGCCUCCUGAGGGUGGGGCAUGGUUCUAUCGAUGGCUUCAUGAAUCCGUCAAUGAUUUUAGAGUGCCAAGAACUUUACUCAAAGGACAUAGAUUCGCUGUCUUUGGACUUGGGAAUUCACUUUAUCAGGAUCAUUAUAACACAGUCAGUAAAAAUGUACAUCAAUGGCUGACAGACUUGAGUGCCAGGCCAUUCCUCCCAAGAGGAGAAGGGGAUGGCAAUGUUGCAGCAGGCAAGCAUGGUGGUACUGAGGCGGAUUUUGCUGCAUGGAAAUCUGAUUUUCUUCAGGCUGUAGUAAAGGGCAAUGGAACUGGUGAUAAUGCAUGCAGUUGUAAUCAAAAUGGAACAUGCCAGUCGAUAAGCAAAGGUCAAAUGUCAUUGAAGCAGAACACUGUGGAUCAAGGUCUUGUUAAUGAUGAUGAGGAGAAGGCUGAUGAUGGUUUGGACAGUGACCAGGAAGAUCCUGAUGAGAUGGAUGUCAUUGAUGUUGAAGACCUGGGAUCAGUCAUGAACAAGAUGAAGAAUGCCAAGGCCAUGAAUGGAGUAAAACAAAGCACUGAACCAAAGGAAAUGGUCACGCCUACCAUCAGGAAAAAUCUUACAAAGCAAGGUUAUCGAAUCAUUGGUUCUCAUUCAGGAGUGAAGUUAUGUAGAUGGACAAAGAGCAUGCUUCGUGGUAGAGGUGGAUGUUACAAGCAUACAUUCUAUGGUAUUGAGAGUCAUCGAUGCAUGGAGUCCACACCCAGUCUAGCAUGUGCUAAUAAAUGUGUCUUCUGUUGGAGACACCAUACAAACCCAGUUGGUACGGAGUGGAAAUGGCAAAUGGAUGAUGCUGAAACCAUCGUAGAGGGAGCCCUAAAGAACCACUAUAACUUGAUUAAACAAUUCAAAGGAGUUCCAGGGGUAAAGCAAGAAAGAAUGAUUGAAGCGAUGAGGGUGCAACAUUGCGCCCUAUCACUGGUAGGAGAACCCAUCAUGUACCCUAAGAUCAAUCGUCUUGUAGAACUACUCCAUAAGGAAAAGAUCUCCACCUUCCUUGUUACAAAUGCUCAGUUUCCUGAUGCAAUCAAGAAUCUGCUACCAGUUACUCAGUUGUAUGUGAGUGUUGAUGCUAGUACAAAGGAAAGCUUGAAGAAAGUAGAUCGCCCUCUAUUUAGAGACUUCUGGCCAAGGUUCCUUGAUAGCUUGAAAGCCCUUUCUGAUAAGGGCCAGAGAACGGUAUAUCGUCUUACUCUAGUCAAGGCAUGGAACGAUGAGGAGAUACAGUCCUAUGCAAACCUUGUACAACUCGGCAAACCAGAUUUCAUUGAGGUCAAGGGUGUAACCUACUGUGGUGAAUCUAAAGCUAGCACACUGACCAUGCAGAACAUCCCUUGGCAUGAGGAAGUUGUUCAUUUUGUACAGAAACUCAUGGACCUUCUACCAGAGUAUGAGAUAGCUAGUGAACAUGAACAUUCAAACUGUGUUCUGGCAGCUAAUACAAAGUUCAAGAAGGAUAGUGAAUGGUGGACUUGGAUCGAUUACCCACAAUUCCAUGCGCUGAUGGCUGAAUAUGAUGCGAGCGAGGGAAAGAAAACAUUCACGGCAGAGGACUAUAUGGCAAAGACCCCUUCAUGGGCUGUGUACGGGUGCAAAGAGCAAGGUUUUGAUCCGCAGGAGACUCGAUUUUACAGGAAGGGAAAGAAGAAGGAUAUGGGUGGAUGCUGAGCUGUCAAGUCUUAUAGAUAAAGAUUCAAUGUUGAAGUUAAGAAGCAGAAAGAAAGGAAAUACCAGAGGCAUUGACUAGGAGUAUUCAGAUGCAAAGUUAGUUACAGUGAAACAGAUAAUACCUUGUCAAGUAUGAAACAAAAUAAGGUAUGUCAUUUCAUGAUCAGGUUUAACUAAGUUGGGCAAACACUGUGCUUGUUUUCUGUGGAAUACUUGCCAAGGACAAAAACUAGUGUUUUGUUCAGAGGAGACCUGAUUCUUCAGGAAAAGAAUUUAGUGGAUGGUGAAUUUGGAAGUCAUAAGCAAUUUCUAGCUAGGAAAUAAAAUUGGACUUUCAAUUGAUGAUGGAAUAAUAAGGAUUGGUUGGGUCUACAUGGUCUUUAAAGGGAGAAGGCCUAUCUGUUGAACGCUAUCAAUGUCAUCUUGGCAUUAUUCCUUAGUUUUAAACACAUGUGCAGAGUAUUAGUUACCUAAUUAAGACUAAAAACAUUUUAAACAAUAACAUCAGACUGCAUCAGGAUAGAUCAAGGUAUAAAAUUAGGGCUAAAUUAUGCCGAAAAUGUUUCUUUCUGCAUUUCCAUUCUGUCUUAAGUAGAAAUGCAGUGUUCCAUGGGAUGGGUUUCUGGAACAUUGAUGCAUUGAAAAGUACAUUCUAAGCUAUGUAUUUUGAUGUUUCCAACAACUAAAAUGCUGUCUCUGUGUUAUAGAUAUUGUACAACAUUGGUUUCUGAACUUCAACCAAUGAAAUAAAAAGUUAGAAGGAUGAGCUUGUAUUUUCUCCAUUUUCCUGUCUGACGCCGCCAAUAUUAAUCAUGUCUCUAGUAAAGAAGAGACUGCCACAGAUGGGACUCUAAUUUUUAAGAUUGCUUGGGCCUACUACAGCCAAAAAACUGUUUACAAGACACAUUGUUGAAUUUGGGCAAUGAAAUUAAGUUUUACAGCAUGCCUAUCAGUAUCUUCUAUUGGUUGACUUUAUUCAUGUAAGAUAUGACUUUGAAUAUUUUAACUGAGCAGAGUAUGAUCUUGAUUGGCAAACUCAGUGGCUCAAUGAGAUAACUUGAUUAUUCUCACUGAAACUCCUGUAUUGGAACUAAUUCAUGAUAUUUGAUGGUCAAGAAUAUUGAUCUAACAGAACUAGUACCUCAUUACAAGCAUCAAUAUUGUUUUCUAGUAGUUGGUUAAAACACUCCUAAUUUAUAUGGUUAACCAAUACUCAUAUGACCUAAAAAAAUUUGUCAAAACCUUCAUCAUCAUUAUAUCAUAUCUUUCACCUUCUUGAUUGAUAAGUUCAUUUUGAAUGAAGGGCAAAAAAGAAUCUGAAGAGGUGGCUUGCAGAUUGAUUUUGCCAGGUUUUAUAACCAAUAUUGCUUGUUGGAAGCAAGCAAGGUCAUACUUAUCAUGACAAUUUUUUUGUGAAGACUAUGAAAGUUUUUUGUGUGUGUGCAAAAUCAUAUAUUUUCAUUCAAUUUUACAUAUUGACAUAUCACUUGAAAAUAUGGCUGAAUAAAAACAUGUGAAUGCCGUUCAAAUGACAGUUAAACACGUAAAUUUAUUCCUAUUUUGACAGCCAUUGACACUAUAGAGAAAAAAGACUUCCCCAGAAGUUGCCAAAAUUACACAUUUCACAUCUUUACAUCCAUGAAAAUGAAAUGGUCAUCUGUUUUCAAUAUACCUUGAAAUUAUUUUGAUUAAGUUACAAACCUUCUUCUAUCUUGACUCUGAAAGAUCAUUUUUAGUUGAUAUCACAUGAGAUCUUACUAUAAUGCAUGUCUGCAUGUGGAAUAGAAUGCCAAAUUCUCUCCAAAUAUCAUACCAAUGGAUGAGCCAUGAAUAAGUUAUUGGAUCAUUGAUAUUGAACUUUAUGCCUUUAGUGUCCUUUUCUCAACUUGAAAAAGAAAAAUCAAGAUGGAGUCAAAAGGCAGGUAAAUCAAUGAAGUUUUGCUUUACCCAUAAUGCAACACGAUUCUAUCUUGAAGGUGAUACAAUCUUUAUCUGUACCCACGGCCUGCUAGUUAACCCUUAUCGCCCAUUUAUUAAUAACCUUUUUCAAAAUGAAUGUAAUGACUUGGGCCUACUCGAAAGGAAAGCAUUUUGUUGAAGUCUGUUUUGCAUUUUAUUAUGAUAAUGUUCAUAUCAUUGUGCAUAUAUUUGUGAUGCAAAAAAUAAUAAUCAUUAUAUUAAUCUAUAAAAAGUAUGUUCUACUUUCUGUGCCUUGAUAUGAUGAAUUAGUGUUAAAGCAGUGAUAGAUUGAUUGUGUAAAAUUAUUGUAUGAAAUGUGAAAUAUUUUUAUUUUCUCUUCAUUACAACGUGAAUCAAAGUUGGAUUCCUUCCUGAACAUGUGUAAUGGUUAUCAUUGUGACCUACUGUUAUUCAAUAAACAGUUUCCUUGCUAUCAAUUCUGCAAGAAUUAAGAUAAAAUUCAUGCAAUUAAUUACAAAAGAAUAAGCGAGUGAAUGUACCAACUUUCUCAUUUUCAUAUGAAUGUGAUGUGCAUAAUAUUGUUUUUUUGAAAGAUAAACAAAAAUUAGAGAAUUCAUAACUUUCUUAAUUACAUCUGAUUUUGAUGAAAUUUUCAGUGUUAAUGCUUGUUUGAUUUCUCUUCUUUUUUAAAUUCAAAUCAAUGUUUUGUUGGAUUGGACUUGCCCUUUUUUAAUUGAAACACAGGGGAAAUGUUUUAUUAUACAGAGGGAAAAAUGCUUUUUAUGAAAUGAUAUUUUGAAAGUUUAAAAAUUCUUGUAUACUUUUAUGAUCCUAAAAUAAGCAACUUUGCUUCAUAUUGUACCCUUUUCAGAGACAUCUUAUGUAUCCUGGAGGAGUCUUCUAUAUUAUUCUUGUCUCUUGAAACAAUUAUUUCUAGAAAGUGCCACAAGAACAUGUGCCUAUAACAUUCUCUUUAUAUGCAUUUGCUGUCAUGUUGUGUGUAAUAUAUAAUAUUACUCAUAUUAGGUAUAAAACCAACUUAUUUCCAUCAUACAGGUUACUCUGCCUUAGUCAAAUAUCUAUGGACCCCAGAAGUCUGUUCAACCAAGGAGAAUUUUGACUUAAAAGAUGUUAUUAACACACGUUUUGCAUAUUCUGGUCUAUCAAUAAAUUGUGAGCAAUUUAUGGUCAUUAUUUGGGAAUCCCACUACAGGAAAGCAACAUUUCAAGUAAGGUUGAUAUCGUAUUUACAUCUUAACAUUCAAAAAAUGAAUUUUGCUAAAGAUGCAGUCACUAUUUGUUCAGGUAGUUUAAGACCUGAUCAUCAUGAGCACCUUGAAAAAAAAAGCUGUGCACACAAUUUUAAUGGCCCAGCACAAAGACUUAGAAUGAUUUAUUUAUUUUAAAUGCUGUAAAUUAUUACACCCUUUGAUGGAAAUUAACAGAAUGUUCUUUCAUCGAAGGAGGCCCCUGUUUCAUAAAACUUGUUACCAAUGACAAGUCUCUAGCUAAUGUUAUAAGCUACUGAAAUGGUGCCAUAUGAUUGAUAGACAGCAAAUUCACCAUCAAAUUUUUCGAUUUGUAACCAUUUAGUUUUAUGAAACAGAAUUAUUGUACUGCAAUGAUGAAAUAGUCAAUGAGAAUUUUCUAAAUAUGUGGUAUGAUGUGGUUUUUAUUUCUUUACAUUAUGUGUCAACUAAUUCAGAUGAAAAUGCAGGGAUCAAUGGAAUUAUUCCAAUGAUGAAAAAUGAAGUUACAUGAUGGGAAAAAGAACCGGUUGGUCAGUGUAAGAGAGGAAUAUAUAAUUGUCGAGACAAUUAGUCAUAUCCUUUUUUUUAAGUUUGCUAGAUGGGCCUCGAAAAAAAUCUGAGAGUCAAAGUGGUCCUCGAGUAAAAAAAGGUUGAGAAGCACUGGUUAUGCUAUAGUCACAAAUAAGUUUAUGAAUACCAUACGAACGGAUGACCAUGUAUUGCUAUGUAUAAAAAUCGUUUGUAAAGGUAUUUGCAACCGUAGCUUUAAUCAUGAUUUGAAAGUUAAUGAAACUAUAAUACCCUAAUAUGUAAUAUCAUGCUUAUUUUUAUUCUUCUUUGUUUUUGUAAAAAUAUCUCCAUUUAUGGAUUCAUAAGUAAAUUGAUAAUUUAAGUGUGUACAUUUAUUCACUGACAUAUUUUCCAUGAAUAAAUUAUGGAGAAAAGUCUAAACAUUUCGAGUUGUAUACUUGUUCUUGAAAAUUUGAAAUUUUCCAGCUGGUUUGCUAUGCUCCCUUUUAAAAAUAAUUGACACACCUUGAAAAGAUAGAAUUACAGCCUCCCCCCCCCCCCCCCGAUUCUGUCUCCUUGCUCCCCUUGAAUGAAGCACAAAAAUUGCACGCACUGUUUACAUGUAGAUGAAAAGACUCUAAAAUACAUUAAUAAAGUUUGAAUAUGAUUUUUUGAGCUCACUCGCAGCUCUAUCUCUCA